AUGGAAUUAAGUAAAAGAAACGUCAACGUCGGGUCGGCGAUUUGUUCUCUUUGUUCUGAAGGUGAAGAAUCAUGUGAUCAUUUGCUGAAUGAGUGUGCAUUUGCUGCUCAUAUUUGGUCAGCAGUCUCUUCUUGGUGCAAGGUCUCCCCCAUAUACGCGUUUUCGGUCCCUGAGCUUCUUAAUGUUUACAAGAAUGUCAAUCUGCCAAAAAUCGAAAGCAACAUCUUUUAUGGUAUAAUUCUCACGACUUGCUGGAUUAUAUGGAAGACGAGGAACGAGUGUGUUUUUUCUUCCGGAAUAUUGAACGUUACCAAAGCGGUGGAAGAAAUAAAAUCGUGUAGCUUCCUUUGGAUUAAGAAUAGAUCACCGUGUAAGGAUUUAGUUUGGGCGGAGUGGACUAAAUGCCCGUUGUAA